CCAGCGGUAAAGCAAGGUACGGACGGUCGUACCUGGGACACAUCAUCGCGUAAUGAAUCGAUAAUGGAGUCACUGCGGAGCUGAGCGGUGUGGGUGAAAAUCAGUUGGGUAGGAGAGACUUGAUGCAAACUGAGGUCAUACAUUCCCCUCACAAGGAUGCACGGAUUCGUUUGGAAGCGCAGUGGCAGCUUGAUGUGAUGAUGAAAACUAAUGUGACUCAAAAAAUAGUGCCCGCAAACAGACCCGAGCAAGCAAACCUAGCUCAGACCAGGAUAUAACUUGAGGAGUCGUGGUAAACAGUACAUCCUCUUGGCUGGUGGUCAAGGCCAGGCCAAUGUUUCAUGCUUGAGUUUCCGUAGGAGAGCCCCUGUCCAUAUCUACGAUGCUUCAGAACGGGUUGACGGAUGACAUCGCCUCCAAGAUGGGUACAUCAGGGAUCGAGAGGCGUGGGUACAACAGGUGGUUGAGAAGCAUGUCAUGAAGACUUGCAAUGCUGAUCCACUGCGGGGUCUAUGUUGUACAUGCACGUUCGCAGUCGUGCAAGCUGCUAAUUUCACGCGUGCUUCUGAAUCCAUCAAGAUGGGGCCGAAAUGCUGGGAAAGUCGGAGCAACGUGAGGAGCUUAUCGGGAGCCAACAGCGAUUCUUGUGUCCCUGAACGAUACUACCAGCCUACUGAGUCCGCAUGGCGCGAGAGUCAAUUGGCUCGAGGAGAGUGACACUAUGCAGGUUCGAGUGGUGAGCUGGCAGCUUUGCUCAGCGAUAUGACCGGAAUAGCUCUGGAUUGUCUGACAUCUCUAGAUUGAAAAAAGUUGUCG